AUGAAGUUCUUGGUUAUAGUUGUCCUUCUCGCCGUGGGUCAUGCCAAGCACGAGAAAUACCAAGGAUGGAGGUCUUACUUCGUGAAUCCGUCGGAUAUGCUCCAGCUAUCUUUCCUGGGUUCCGUGGCACGGGAUUAUGAAGUGGACUUCCUGAGCAGGGCGGCUGUAGGUCGAGAAGGUUUGGCACUGGUCAGACCCCAGCACCAAGAACAGUUCGCCGAGGCACUCAAGAGCCGUAACAUCGCUUAUCGGAUCCACGCAGAAGAUGUGAAAGCGCAAUUGGACAUCGAUGACAAUCUGAUUCAGAAGAGAAGGGAGGUUCUAGAAGAGAGCGAUGGCGGCUCCAUAUUUGACAACUACCAGGAACUGGAAAAGAUUGAUGCCUAUCUCGAAGAGAUCGCCGAAAAAUACUCAGAACUAGUGACACUGGUGAAUUCCACCAGCUCGUUCGAGGAACAACCGAUAAAAUACCUGAAGAUCUCCAAGACAAAAUUCGAGGAAAGGAAGCCGGUGAUGGUGAUAGAUGGUGGGAUCCAUGGGAGGGAGUGGAUCGCACCCUCUACGGUUCUGUACGCCAUUCACAAGCUCAUAGUGGAUGUCAACGAAACAGACUUAUUGGAGAACUACGACUGGAUACUCCUGCCCGUCGUUAACCCGGACGGAUACAAGUAUACUUUCACAAAUGACCGUUUCUGGAGUAAGACACGGUCUACUGACCAGCACCUACUGAGCGUAGUUUGCCCAGGAGUGGACGCUAAUAGCAACUUCGACUUCUUCUGGAAUACGGUGGGCAUAAGCGAUAGCCCGUGCACCGAAAACUACCCAGGUAGCAGCGCCGCUUCGGAAAAGGAGACCCAAGUAGUUACAGAGAUCAUAGACGAGUACGCGGGAAGGAUAGUCUUGUAUGUGACUUUACAUAGCUACGGCAGUUACGUGUUGUACCCCUGGGGACAUGAUGGUUCAUUCUCCAACCAAGCGUUCGCCCUCCAAACCAUGGGGGUUGCCUUAGCUAACGCCAUUUACGAAAAAUCCUUACCGGAAUUCCGUCGAUACAUCGUCGGCAACUCUGUAUUGGUAACGGGACAACUAACAUCUGGUAGCUCAGUUGAUUAUGCCCAUUUGAGUGGUGUUCCGAUUUCCUUCAAUCUGGAGCUUCCUGGUCUCGGAGAAGGUUCUGAAGGAUUCCAUCUGGAUCCAAGAUACAUAAAACAAGUGGGAGAGGAAACCUGGUCAGGAAUAGCCGUCGCCGCCAGAAGGGCGGCGGAUUUAUUCGGUGAUCAAGAU